GCGUUUCUUCAUCAAGUGACCAGUGUCUCAGUUGGCUCUCAAAGGAGGCAGGCGACAAUGCAGAAGCAUAAAUAUUGUAUAUAAAAAGUGAAGCUUUACUGCAGGAAUAUAAAUAGUAGAAGCUCACAGGCUCUGUCACAGAAUAAAUUCGCGCUAUUGAGCAGAAACAUUUGAAAGUAGUCAAUAACAUUGAACCAGAAACAAUCCGUAAAAAUCGAAUCAUGUAUUCUGAUUUUAGUUUUCCAUCGCGAAAUAUCCAUUUGAUUUUUCUAUUCUUUGGCGCCAUAAUAGCAGGUAGAGCGACAGCAAAUGAUCAGAUCAACGAGUUACAAUCUAAAAAAAAAAUACCAUACGAUCCUGAGAUUGAAGCAGCAGUGAUGAAUAUGGUCAAAAACGCGGGAUAUGUCCUCGAAAAGCACAUAGUCGAAACUGACGACGGAUAUUUACUAACGGUGCAUCGACUUCCGAAUGCGUCAGGAUCCCCAAUAUUCCUGCAGCACGGACUGCUGAGUAGUUCCGCCGACUGGCUCUCACUUGGCAAAGAAAAAGCCUUUCCUUAUUUACUAUCGAAUCUGGGAUACGACGUGUGGUUGGGUAACUUCCGAGGUAACGCAUUGUCUAAGGCGCACGUCAAUCUAUCUACGGAUGAAUCUGAAUAUUGGAACUUCUCAUGGCAUGAAAUGGGAAUCUACGAUUUACCUGCUAUGAUAGACUACGUCGUCAGUAAUACAAAUAAGAAGGCGAUUUACAUUGGCCACUCGAUGGGGACGACAGGGAGUUAUGUGAUGGCAGCAGAACGCCCUGAUAUGCAGGAUAAAUUGAAGUUGAUCAUCAGUUUUGCACCAGUUGUCUACUUGGCUCACAUCAAGAGUCCUUUACGGCUCUUGGCACCGGUGAGCGACGAACUAGAGAUAAUUUCAAAAACCUUUGGCUACAACGAGCUGUUCGCCGCGGAUGAUGUGGCCGGCGUUCUCCUGCGACAUUCCUGUAGCAGCAAUAUCGUGAACGGGGAUUUGUGUGCGAAUAUACUUUUUGCAAUAGUUGGAUUUGAUCCGGCGCAGAUAGAUUGGGAGCAAUUGACAACUAUCGCGGGUCUCACUCCUGCUGGGAGUUCAACAAAAUGUUUCAUUCAUUAUUUGCAAGAAGUAGAGCCUAACCAAUUCAGACAGUAUGAUUACGGAGCAUUCGAUAAUUUAAAAAAAUACGGUACGCUCACUCCACCAAAAUACGAUAUAUCGAAAAUAAAAGUUCCCAUUGCUUGCUUCUACGGUGACAACGACUGGCUGGCUGAUGUUGGCGAUGUAAAAAGAUUCUAUGCGAAACUUCCCAAUGGAAUCUCAAUCCAGAGAGUUAAUCUCACAUCGUUCAAUCAUAUAGAUUUUCUGUGGGCGAAAGACGCUCCAGGCUUGCUGUACGAUCCAACGAUUGAUAUCAUUAAAAGUUUCGAUUAACUAGUGGCAA